AUGGGUGAAAUGCUGGGGCAAAGCUCCAUUCCCUCACACAACCGCGUCGAGACAGGAUCCGUCAACAUUCCCUUGCACGACUUCCCUGCAACAUCUGCCUCCUCCUCCGUCGAUGCUCCUAAGGUUGCAUCAGAAACAAUCACCGCCCUCAACGAUGCUCUAUCGAAACAAGACCACGCCGCCGCCGCAUCCCUGUUUUUGCAAGAGAAGAGCUACUGGCGCGACCAUCUUGCCUUGACCUGGCAAUUACGAACGAUCAAGGGGCAGAAGAACAUUGAGGAGCUAUUGAAGUCGAGCAAGAUAAAAUUGCAGAAGGUCGAGGUGGACAGCAGCACAGCAUUCCGGGCACCGAAGUUCCAGCCUAUCGAUGCCUUCGGCGAAGUCUUUGGAAUACAGUUCUUCAUUUCAUUUGAGACAGAGAUCGGCAGGGGUAGCGGUGUUGUGAAGCUCGCGGAGGACAAUGGGACAUGGAAGAUACAUACUCUGUCAACGGUGUUGGAAGAGCUCAAGGGACACGAGGAGCUUGUGGGAAGCCGGAGGACCAAGGGUGUGAAGCAUGGGGGAGAUCCAAAUAGGAAGAACUGGAGGGAGAGGAGAGAGGCAGAGAGUGAAUUCGAUGGCAGCGAUCCGAAGGUCUUGAUCAUUGGAGCCGGCCAGGGCGGUCUCACAGUCGGUGCGCGACUCAAAAUGCUCUCGGUUCCCUGCCUCAUGAUCGACCAAAACCCUCGCGUCGGUGACAACUGGCGCAACAGGUACCAUCAACUCGUACUUCACGACCCUGUAUGGUAUGACCACAUGCCAUACGUUCCUUUUCCGCCGCAUUGGCCCGUUUUCACGCCCAAGGACAAGCUUGCCGAGUUCUUCGAAUCCUAUGUCAAACUUCUUGAGCUCAAUGUCUGGACUUCAACAUCUCUGAAAUCAACCUCAUGGGAUGAGGGAAAGAAAGAAUGGACCGUUGUUGUAGAACGAACGAAGGCCGACGGUUCGAAGGAGGAGCGGACCCUACACCCCCGACAUAUCGUUCAAGCCACAGGUCAUUCCGGAAAGAAGAAUUUCCCGCAAAUUCCAGGCAUGGAGUCAUUCAAGGGCAAGCGGCUGUGUCACUCUUCCGAGUUUUCUGGUGCAGACAAAAACUCAAAGGGUAAAAAGGCCAUCGUAGUGGGCUCUUGCAAUUCGGGACACGACAUCGCUCAAGACUUCUUCGAGAAGGGCUAUGAUGUUACUAUUGUUCAGCGCAGUACAACAUGCGUCAUCUCGUCCGAAGCCAUAACAGACAUUGGCCUCAAGGGUCUCUACGACGAGUCUGGGCCGUCAGUCGAAGAUGCAGAUCUCUUCCUCUGGGGUCUCCCUAGUUCGCUCUUCAAGACGCAACAGCUCAAGCUCACAAAGAUUCAAAACGAACACGACAAGAAGCUCCUCGAUGGACUUCGAGCUGCAGGGUUUGGCGUGGAUCAAGGUCCCGACGACACCGGUCUCAUGAUGAAAUACUUCCAGCGUGGUGGAGGAUACUACAUCGACGUUGGCGCCUCGCAGCUCAUCGUAGAUGGCAAGAUCAAGAUCAAGUCGGGUCAGGAAAUCGCCAAAGUGCUUCCCAAUGGACUCGAAUUCGCCGAUGGAUCCGUACUCGAGGCUGAUGAGAUUGUAUUUGCGACCGGCUACCAGAACAUGCGAACGCAGGCCCGGAUCACGUUCGGUGAUGAUGUUGCGGAUCGUGUGGGUAACGUCUGGGGAUUGAAUGAGGAGGGCGAAUUUAGGACAAUGUGGCAGAAUAGUGGACAUCCUGGAUUCUGGUUCAUGGGAGGCAAUUUGGCAAUUUCGAGGUAUUACUCGAGGAUCCUUGCACUGCAGAUCAAGGCGAGGGAGGAGGGCAUUCUGACCGUUUGA